GCAGUUGUUGGAGAAGAGAAGAAAGAAAAGACCUGAACAGCAGCACUUUCGCCUUUUUAUAUCCGGUCAUUAUGUCUGCUGAACCCAAGAUCCAAGAUCUGCUCAACAAGCCCAAGAGCGAGCUCACUGAAUAUGAGGUCGCUCUGGUGGAGGAACAUGAAAUGACCGCGGGCCCUCUGUCCCUCCUGCAAACUGCGACGCGCACCCACACCCAAGUCCUUAUCUCAUGCCGGAACAACCGUAAGCUGCUCGCGCGUGUCAAGGCUUUCGACCGUCACUGCAACAUGGUGUUGGAGAAUGUCAAGGAGAUGUGGACGGAAAAGCCCAAGGGCAACAAGGGGAAAGGUGUUAACAAGGACCGAUUCGUGAGCAAGAUGUUCUUGCGAGGCGACUCUGUCAUUCUUGUUCUGCUUAGUUGAAUGGUUUGCUUCUUGGUUAUUUUUACGUGCGAUCUACACGGACCGAUACGAGUCCUCUCUACGACGAGCCUGUCGUCGGCAGUCCGGAUAAUUAUACCUAGCCGGACGAGGCUUGACACGACACACAAGAGUCUUGUAUGACGCGGGGCUUUCCUCUUCCUAUCUUAACCUGUUUGAUAUUUCAUGUCGAUAUGGGGACAAGGCGUUAGUGGUGUAAUUCAACAAAAGUGAUAAGCAUCACGUGUGUCAAUCUGAGGCUGUAAUCGUGCAUAGUGUACUCUGUACCUCGUAAAAUAACUCGUACAUCCUUGACACCUGA